UCCGCACGCGCAUACAGGGCGGGUGCGGCGGGAUGGGCUGCAAGAACAGGGGGGGCGGUGGCGGCGGAGGCGGAGACAAGAGGCCCUCCGCGUCCUCGUCGUGUCCCGGGUGCGGCAGAACGGCGGACCCGGCGUGCCCGAUGUGCGGCGGAACCGGUGUCUCUCUGUCCGAGCUCGGUCUCGUGGACGGCCACGACAAGAAGGCCAAGACAAAGUCCAAGAAGAAGCGGGAGCGCAAGGCUCGGGCGAGGGCGGCCAAGAAGAGCCAGGAGGAGGACGACGAGGCGGCGGCGGCGGCGGCGGCAGCGGCGGCGGAGAUGGAAGCAGCGACGACGGCGGCGAAGGCGACCAAGGCGGCCAAGGACAAGGACCGCAGCAACGGCGGCCAACGAGCGAACGGUCACCAGGAGACGGCGGGAGGGAGAAGCCACUCACAACCGCAGGACAACAAGGGCGGUGGCAGCAAGCCCAACGGGCAGCAGCAGCAGCAGCAGCAGCAGCAGCAGCAGCAGCAGCAGCAGCAGCAGCAGCAGCAGCGUCCAAAGGCUAGCGGUAGCAAAGCGAAGGCGGCCACGGCGACGGCGGCGGCGCGCCAGCGCGCGGGGUCCUGCGGCAUGGAGAGCGCCGGCAGCCUGCUGUCUAUGCUCGACGACGCGAACGGCGGCGCGAACGGCGGCGGCGGCGGGAGGCACGACGGCGACCUGUUCGACUACUACGAGGACGGGGACUCCGGAAUCGACGAGGACAUCGUGAGGGAGAUGGAGAGGCUCAAGAUGCAGAAGGCGAGGACCGACGUGCAGCGCAGCCGCGCGGCGCUUAGAUCCAACCUCCAGAAGAAUUUCGACCAGCUACUGGUGUCUUCCUCCUCGUCGUCGUCCUCAACCGCGGCUUGCAGGGAAACCCGCAGAAAGGCCUGACGGAAUCAUUGGGUUUUUUCCUUCUACGGCACGGUUUGUAGGCGGGGGCGGGGGGGCGGCGGCGGAAAGGCCUGACCGACUCAUGUCUUUCUCACGGAGCUUGCACGGGGGCCGGCAGAAUGGCCAAACUGAUCCACGGAAUAUGGGUAUUUCCGCUCACGGCUUGUAGGGGUAGAGUUUGACUCACGGGGUAGGGUUUCCCUUGCGUACAACUCGUGGCGUUUUCGGUCUUGAAUUUUUGGCGGGGAUGUACGUGUUUCGGAAGAAGUUCUCUUGAACAAUAUGUUGGGCAAGGUUGUGUUGUCGUUAGUAGCCUCGUGCACUGCUGAAUAGCGAGGCUGCUGCUGUGACAAGCUUACCUCUGAUUGCCUAGUCAAGCGCACGACCUACAUGCUAUCCCGCUACCCUCGAGAGUACGAGCGAUUGGGUCAUACCGCUUGCCGUUUCUUGCGUGCGUGAGGGUUGGGGGCACCGCAUUUUGGACUUAGCUUGAGGGGGGGGUAUCGCGGACUCGAAAAAAUGAAAGCAAACGCGCUUGGACGACGACCUCCAUCAAGUUCUUUUGUUGCACGCACCAUGACGUUCUCCGCGCCACUCCCCCCUGUCUAAAUGUUUUAACCGCCUUAGGCAAAAGCAUGUAGGGAGGAACGAUUGGCCAUUUGGUGAUCGGUCCUGUGGGAACAAAUGCUCCGUCCUCU